CAAUCUUUCAAAAACUAGCUAUCGUCUGCCAAUUUGAAACCCUAAUGCAGCACCAACUGCAACACCAGACCCCGGCAGCGGUUUCAACCCCUCCCUCGACCACGGGGGAGGUGCCACCAAAGCAGGUGGCGCUGGCGAUGGAAAGGCUGAGCCAUGCCGCUCGGCUCAUCGCCGACAUCCGCCUCGGAGCUGAUCGCCCCCUCGAAGCCCUAUUUGUCGCCGCAGAGCCUCAUAAAAGAUCUAGGCCCCUUGAUUUGUCCAGUAAAGAAGAUUCCUCCCUGCGCCAACACCUCCAAGACCUUCCAUUGGUAGGCAUACUCCUAUUAUGCUAUGUGUGCUUUAAAACAAUAGAAAAUUUUAGUUUAUUUUAGCUAGGCUUCGGAGGAGGUUGAUAGAUUCUGAACAAUUUAUUUAGGAAAGCAGCUGGACGAAUCUAGGGUGCUAAAUGAAUCCCAAAAGUCAAGAAGUAAUUCUUGGGGGUUGCACAUGCCGCUGGUGUGUCCUGAUGGUGCAGUGGUUGCUUAUGCAUGAAAGAGGCAGUUUGCAGCUCAGGCUGCUGCAUCUGCUGUUGACAGGGCCAGGCUCAUAGCUAUUAGCAUACACGGAUAGUAUUUAUAGAUGUUAAUUCUUAUGUAUGUGCUAUAGGAAAUUGCUUUAGAAAUUUGCCUGAUGAUAUUUUUGGGUUGCAAGUUUAGAUGCAAAAGGAUAGCUUCCAGUUAUGUUUUUUUCUGGGAGUAUGAUAUUGAAUUAGUGGGUAUAAGGCGCGUCAUUCAAUAUUUUUUUCAUUAACAGCUGAGAGCAUAUAAAGUUUCUUUGGAGCUUUGAGUUAGAGAUUGAAAUGGGUGUGUUAAUUGAUUAAACAUGAAUAUUAAUUGAAAAUUUAAGCCGUAUUUACUACUAAAUAGAACUGCACAAAGAUGCAGUUGAAGGAGGUCCAAGUUGUUUUAGAAGGUUUUUAACUUUAAAUGAUUUGAAAAUCUUAUAGGCUUCUGGAACCACUUGUUUCAUGGUCUUCCUUGGCUUACAUUAGCCUAAUGUGGAACCAAUGAGCAGAAAAGAUCAAAAGAAUUGGUACCAAGUGGUACUAUCAGUCUUGUGCUACUUAGUCACUUGUGUAGGAUUUGUGUUGAGUGGAUAAAAAUGAUUUCUAGAA